AGUGUGUUCUAUACCCACAACACUUAUCUGCUGGUCCUAGUUAAAACGACGUUAGCUUCUCUGCCUUCUGUGCCUUGCUGCGAACUCAUACACUUCGUAAGCAUACUAGCUGAAUGGGUGAACCGGAAAAGGCAGUUAUUUAGCGUAACGUUGGUAGCUAUCUGUUAACUUUCCAUUCGCUGUUGCGUGUUUUGCAGAUUAGCACAAAGCUCUCUAACGCUAGCUGUGCGGCUAAUGUUAGAUUUUAGCAUUGCGCAGCUAACUGUUAGCCGGAAGAAUUAUCUGACGUAGCUAAAUAACGCGGACUUUUUUUUUUUGUAUCUUAUUUAAAAAUAAUACUAGUGCAGCACAGCUUAAUUACAAAAAAAAAAAAUUGCUGUCACACUGGAUGACUAGCGUUAACUUUUAACGAUGGCGUUAACUGUGGACGUCCCUGCUGAUGAGUGGCCCUGAGAAAUGAUUCCGCUGGAUGAGUUAGCAACAAUGUCCUGUAAAUCAACCAAAGUGGCCCCGAGUGUUGAUUUCGACCACAGUUGCUCCGACAGCGUGGAAUAUUUGACGCUCAAUUUCGGCCCAUUUGAGACAGUUCAUCGCUGGAGAAGACUCCCUCCGUGUGAUGAGUUUGUUGGUGCAAGGCGCAGCAAGCACACUGUUGUGGCAUACAGGGAUGCCAUUUACGUAUUUGGGGGAGACAAUGGGAAGAACAUGCUGAACGACUUGCUCCGUUUUGAUGUGAAGGACUGCUCAUGGUGUCGAGCCUUCACCACUGGAACUCCACCUGCUCCCAGAUAUCACCAUUCAGCCGUUGUCUAUGGCAGCAGCAUGUUUGUUUUUGGGGGCUACACCGGAGACAUCUACUCAAACUCAAACCUGAAAAACAAAAAUGACCUUUUUGAGUACAAAUUUGCAACAGGGCAGUGGACUGAAUGGAAAGUGGAGGGGAGUUUGCCAGUAGCUAGGUCUGCACAUGGGGCCACGGUCUAUAGUGAUAAACUGUGGAUAUUUGCUGGCUAUGAUGGAAAUGCCAGGCUAAAUGACAUGUGGACAAUCAGUCUGCAAGAUCGAGAACAUGCGUGUUGGGAGGAGAUUGAGCAGAGUGGGGAGAUUCCUCCAUCUUGUUGCAACUUCCCUGUAGCUGUUUGCAGGGACAAGAUGUUUGUGUUUUCUGGUCAGAGUGGAGCCAAGAUCACCAACAACCUCUUCCAGUUUGAGUUUAAGGGCCACAUAUGGACACGCAUCCCAACUGAACACUUACUGCGGGGCUCCCCUCCACCUCCCCAGAGACGUUACGGCCACACUAUGGUUGCCUUUGACCGCCAACUGUAUGUAUUUGGAGGUGCAGCCGACAACACUCUGCCCAAUGAACUGCACUGCUACGAUGUGGACUCUCAGAGCUGGGAGGUGAUCCAUCCCAGCAUGGACAGUGAGAUGCCCAGUGGGCGACUGUUCCAUGCUGCUGCUGUGAUUCAAGAUGCCAUGUACAUCUUUGGAGGAACUGUGGACAACAAUGUGCGCAGUGGGGAGAUGUACAGAUUCCAGUUUUCCUGCUACCCAAAGUGUACACUCCAUGAGGACUAUGGCAAACUGUGGGAGAAUCGUCAGUUCUGUGAUGUGGAGUUUAUUCUGGGCGAGAGGGAAGAGAAAGUCUUGGGGCAUAUUGCUAUAGUGACUGCAAGAUGUCAGUGGCUGCGGAAGAAAAUCCUGCAGGCUUGGGAUAGGCAACGACAGAAGACUAAACAAGACAGCUGCGAGGAAAGUGACGAAGGGGCAGCUGGAGGCCCGAGGGAUAUCCCAGUAAGCAACAGGCCGAUGCUAGAGGUAUCCAUCAGGGAAGCGGAGGCCCAGCCUUUUGAAGUCUUAAUGCAGUUCCUCUACACAGACAAGAUCCAGUACCCACGCAGAGGUCAUGUCCAGGAUGUUCUUCUAAUUAUGGAUGUAUACAAACUGGCGCUUAGCUUUCAGCUUUCCCGCCUUGAGCAGCUGUGUGUCCAGUACAUUGAGGCUUGUGACCUGCAGAAUGUUCUCAGUGUUUGUGAAAAUGCCAAUAAGCUGCAACUGGACCAGCUCAAGGAACAUUGCCUUAAUUUUGUGGUGAAGGAGUCACACUUCAACCAGGUGAUCAUGACGAAGGAAUUUGAACGUCUGUCCACUCCACUGAUUGUGGAGAUUGUGCGACGAAAGCAGCAACCUCCUCUCCGGUUGUAUUCAGACCAGCCUGUAGACAUCGGGACCUCCUUGGUCCAGGACAUGAAGGCGUACCUGGAGGGAGGCGGCUUGGAGUUCUGUGACAUUGUCCUGCUGUUAGACGGACAGCCACGGCCUGCUCAUAAAGCCAUACUGGCAGCCCGAUCCAGUUACUUUGAGGCGAUGUUCCGCUCCUUCAUGCCCGUGGACGGUCAGGUUAAUAUCUCCAUCGGUGAGAUGGUUCCAAGUAAGCAGGCCUUUGAGUCAAUGCUGCGUUAUAUCUACUAUGGCGACGUUAACAUGCCUCCAGAGGAUUCCCUCUAUCUGUUUGCUGCACCAUAUUAUUACGGGUUUUCAAACAACAGACUGCAGGCUUACUGCAAGCAGAAUCUGGAGAUGAAUGUCACUGUGGAAAAUGUCUUGCAGAUUCUGGAGGCAGCUGAUAAGACCCAGGCUCUGGACAUGAAGAAGCACUGCCUGCACAUUAUUGUUCACCAGUUCAUUAAGGUAUCCAAGCUCCCCAACCUGCGGUCUCUCAGCCAGCUGCUGCUGUUGGACAUCAUUGAGUCUCUAGCUACACACAUAUCAGACAAACAGUGUGCUGAGAUGGGCUCAGACAUUUAAGAGGACGCCAAGAGCCGGGCUCUUUUCUCCUCUCACAGAAGCCAUACAUCUCUGCUCCACCUACUUCUAGUCAUUCCCUCGU